ACUUUAUGCCUUUUCCCACAAACAAGUGUCUCUUAAAAGCCAAAACUCAAUGAAGCAUGUGCCACAACACAAACUUAAUCCAAACACACAAAGACAAUAAUGGAAACACCUCGAUCAGUUUUUGCUUCAUUCUCUCUUCUCCUCCAUCACCUCCUCCUUUACCAUUGAACCCUUUUCAGCAUACCCUCUAAUCUCUUCAACCCAAUACAUAUAACUCCACUUUCUUCUCAAUUUUCAUAUAUGGGGGCUGCUAUUUCCACAACUAUAGCUCAAAAUGAUGAUGAAAACUCUCUUAAUCAAUCAUCAAAGACUGGCCUUGAGGAUAUCCCUGAGAAUUGCAUCUCUUCUAUGUUGAUGAGUUUUGAUCCACAAGUGAUUUGCACAUUGGCUAGAGUUAACAAAACUUUUCACAGAGCUUCCUCUUCUGACUUUGUAUGGGAAUCGAAGUUGCCCACAAAUUACAAAUUUCUUGUAAAAAAAGUACUUGGUGAACAAAAUCUUGGUUCCAUGACCAAGAAAGAGAUCUAUGCCGAACUAUGUCAACCCAAUUUCUUUGAUGGUGGUACCAAAAAUGUUUUGCUGGAUAGAUGCAGUGGGCAAGUUUGUUUGUUCGUUUCAUCAAAGUCCUUCAAGAUUACAGGAAUAGAUGAUAGAAGAUAUUGGAAUUACAUUCCAACUGAGGAAUCCAGGUUCAAGAGUGUUGCAUAUCUUCAACAAAUGUGGUGGGUUGAAGUAAUAGGAGAGUUAGAGUUUGAUUUUCCAAAAGGGAACUAUAGUGUAUUUUUCAGGCUUCAAUUGGGCAAGACCUGCAAGAGAUUGGGCCGUCGUGUGUGCAAUAUUGAACAAGUGCAUGGCUGGGACAUCAAGCCCGUCAGAUUUCAACUUUCUACAUCUGAUGGUCAGCGUUCACUCUCCCAGUGUUAUUUGCGUGGGCCCGCGGAAUGGGCCCACUACCAUGUUGGGGACUUUGCCAUAGAGAGGCCCAAUGGGCCCACAAACAUCAAGUUUUCUUUGGCCCAGAUUGAUUGCACACACACGAAAGGUGGUCUUUGCAUUGAUGGGGUAGUGAUUUGCCCUACGGAGUAUAGGAAAGAAUGGUGAAACAAUUUUAGCCAAAAAAAAAAAAAAAUACUUUACACUGUGAUUUUACUUUUUAAUUAAUCACUUUUGUGAGAGCAAAAAUAGGUCUAGGUCUUUGUUAAUUAUUAUUAUUAUUUUUACUUCUUAUGUUUGUUACUUAAGAUUUUUCAAUUUUUUUGGCACGAUUAG